AUUCCCAAUGAGAUUUUGUAUUUCAAAUAUGACAAAGAACAUGAUGUACUGAUAUUAUCGAACGGAUCUUUGGUUGUCUGGGGGUUAGAUGAAUCUAAUGUUGAGAAAAAAAUUUUACCAUUGUUGAAGAAUUAUAUGGUGUCAUUAUACCCUUUCCCUGAAUCCGAAGAUAUGGACUAUGUAGAGACUGAUCAACUAGAAUCAAGCUCAUAUUUGGAUGAAGAUACUAUAGUUAUAAAUUCUAGUGAUUCUGAGCAACAAUUAUUGGAUAAAGCUGCAUUUUCAUCUGGGUUAUCAAGAUCAACAAGAUUAGCUAUAAUUGAAAAUGCAUUAGAAAGACAUAUUUCACAGACAAGAAAGAUGUCAGAACAUUUAUCAAUGGGUAAGAAAUUGAAUUUAACCGAAAAGGAGUUGUUGAAAUCUACUGGAAGAUUGUUUUUAUUAAGAGGGAAAUUGAAUUUAUACUCUGAAUUGAUUGAAAUACCAGAUCUCUAUUGGAGUGAACCAAAUUUAGAGAAAAUCUAUAGACAAAUUUCAAACAAUUUGGAUAUUUCUCCAAGAAUCUCAAUUUUGAAUAAAAAAUUAGAUUAUGCAACUGAUGAAUCAAGAGCUUUGAUGUCAACUUUAAAUGAAGAAAAGAGUACAAGGUUAGAGUGGAUCAUUAUCUAUCUCAUUAUGAUUGAAGUUUGCUUUGAAAUAUUCCAUUUCUAUGAAAGGUUCACUGAUGCA